ACACACAUAAAAGAAGAGAAAGCCACAAUGAGAGGAACAGCGGCGGUGGAUGAGGUUGUGCUACGAUGAGGAUAUUCUGCUCGUGAGGACGCUGUUGCUGCUGGACAGCCUCAGUGUGUGUGUGUGUGUGUGUGUGUGUGUGUGUGUGUGUGUGUGUGUUGCACGUGUGUGUGAGUGAAUGUGUGUGUGUGUGAACAAGCAAGCAACCAGGAGCUCCUGCUGGCAUCGUGCGCAGGAAGGAAGCGGGGGAGCAGAGGGUUGGAGAGGAGGCUGAGGCGUUGACAAGGAAGGCGGAGUGGGGAGCUUUGAGGAGCGUCACACCACUGGAUCACGGGACACCGAUGUGCAGCGACAACUCUGACACGCGCCUGACGCUGCUGCACGCAUGCCCGCCCGUCCCUCCUAACUUCUGGCAUGGCGUAGCCUUCUCUCUCUCCCAGAUCGCUUCCCAAUCCGCCACGAGCAUGCACGGGCACAACGGGGAAUCUGGGUAUCCUUUCCAGUGUCAGCACCGUACGGCCUGAGGAAAAAUGGUGAGCAAAGAGGGUGGCAAAUGCAUGCUCACCAACUCAGAGUCUGACUCGGAGGCAGUGCCCUUGUCCUCCACCUCGCUGGCGCUGGAAGUUAAGUAUUCUCUGGAUGCCGGUCGACAGGUGAGGAAAAGGAACAAGGCCCUGCAAGUGCGUUUCAAGGAUAUCUGCGAGGCGCAGAAUGAGCAGAGGGAGGCGGAGCUGCAGGCAGCCGGCAGAGACGGGAAGCCUCUCUUAUACAAAGUGGCAUACCGCAAGUACAUGACCGUGCCGGCCCGCAGAUCUAUCCCCAAUGUGACACGGAGUACAGGGGUGCAGACAUCCCCGGACCUAAAGAAACGCUAUCAGACUUUCCCCUUAGAGCGCAAGAAAGGGCACACCUUUAAACAUGUGGCGGCUGUGGAAACAUACAAAGGUCAGAAUAAUGGCUUUGUCAUGGAAGUGAAACCGUCCCGGGCUGCAGAGCAGUGUUUUGAUGAUGAUGAGGAGGAGGGAGCCUAUGGGGGGAGUGGAGUCCGCAGGACCAAAGCUCUGCUCCAUACUAAUGAGUGCAUCGCUACAGUAGAGCAGCAUACUGCACCUGAUGGCCUGUGUUCUGACGCUCUGCUGCUAAGUUGCUCUGCAGGCUCGGAUUGCCUCGUGGAUGUGCCAAAAAGGAAGGGAAGCGGGGUUGGGUCACAAGGACAAUACCAGCUCUGCAGCGUCCCCUCCAAAGUUGGGGCAGGAUUACGACACAGAGAGGCUGACACAGAUCGCUCCGCGAAAAGGUUGGUCAAUCUGGAGGAGGGAUCGUCCCGGACCCUGCCGGACAGGGCCUCCAAGGUUACGGGGCCAAUUGCUUGGAACUCUCUUACGCAGGUGGAGUGCCUAGAUAGUCUGUCUGUGCGUAACAAGAGAAAGAAAAGCCUGCAGCUCAAUGGGCUGCAGAGCGAGACGCUGCCACGUUCCAGCAGAGGUUGCACAACGCAGGCACAGUAUCCUGUGGAGCAGUUAUCGGCCAGGCCUCUGGGGGGCAUGGACAAGUCUAGGUCACUCUUUGGAGGUGAUGAGGCAAGAGGGGCACCAUCGGAUCCCACACAGGAGGCCUGUAAGCAAAUAGUGCCUAUGAAUCAGGAUGGGGAUGUUAAAGCACAGCUCCAAGCCAUGGAGAACCUCAUCAGCUCCAGCCAAGAGACCAUCAAGGUGCUGCUGGGGGUGAUCCAGGAACUGGAGAAGGGGGAGGCCCACAGAGAAGGGCUCUCCUAUCGCACUGGACAGGACACGGCCAACUGUGACACAUGCCGGAACAGCGCAUGCAUUAUUUACAGUGUGGAGCUGGACUUCAAACAGCAAGAAGACAAGCUGCAGCCGCUCAUGAAGAUGCUCUGCCCUACUGAUGACACCCACUUCGCCGCCCUGCCGUACCCCCAGGAGGCCUUCACCUCGACCCCAAAGCGCAAGUCGAAAGCAGAGUCUAAGAAGCACGCUCGCUGGAGAUUUUGGUUUAUGUAAAGACAGCAGACCGUCUCUUUUUUUGGGCUUUGCAGAAUUAAUUUUUUGGAGUUGAUUUGGGCGACUGGAUACUGUCUGUACACAUUCUCCGAUAUAGGAUGUAUUUGAAAAGUCCAAAUAGAGUUAUUUUUUACCAGUUAUCUUAUUGGUGAUCGACACGGGAUGUGAUUAGCAGCUGCUGUCUGCCCGGAGCUUCCCAGUUAGAAUACUAGUCACCUUGAGACUUGUGUCUUUUCCUGCAGCUUCCAGGUGAAGUUGCAAGGACUACAUGGACAGCCUGUCCCCAAUAGAGCAAAGCACAAGUAACAUUGUUCAGGAUACACUUUCUCCAGAACUACUUUAACUGAACACUAACAACCGACACCAUUCAUAUCUUCAGAAGAAAAAAAAAUUAUAAUACCUUUUUAUCUGUCUAUAAAAUGUGAACUAAAUGUGAACCCCGUCAACUGACUUUGACGGGGGUAAAAAAAAAAAAAAAAAAAAAAAAAAAAAAAAGUUGAAUAAAUUAUACUUAUUUUCUUAAUGACACUUUCAAACUUGGGACAUUGAAGGUCAUUUUUUUCUAUAUAAAUAUAUAUCUGUAUUAAAAAAAACAAACCUUGAAAUUUAGUGGGAUAUAUUUAAUAAGCAGCAGUAAAAAGGAGAAUGUGCACCCCGGAGGAAAGUAGGACUCAUUUCAACUUAGUCACUUUGUUCUUGCGUCACAUUGUCAUCUGAAGACUCCUUAAGCUUAAAGUGCUCAUGACACCAAAAAAAGUAAAAAAAAUAAAUAAAAAAUAAAAAAAAAAAAAACUGGAACAAAUUCAAAGUACUCACUUAAUAAAACAGUUUUGUCAUACUGCUGGCAUAGAUAAACAACUAUGAAAUAGGAGUGAAAUUAAGUAGGGAUUUUGACACAAUUCUGACACGAGUUGUCAAAAUUGCGAGUUUUCUGAACCGACGCAGUCUUGGCUGUGACGUUACGACCAGAACAUGUUCCAGGAACCAUAUUCAAACACAUGCAGUUAUGAACUCACAGCAAAGCCAAGGAAGUAACAUAUUCACAACAAUAAAACAAUAAUAGCAUUGAAGAUAUUGUGUUGUGAUAACUAUGAUAUAACACACACAAAUGGCCACAAGUAUGUUUUUUUUCACUGCCAAUAAGUGGCACUGACAGCUAUAUGCACACUGCAAAAUAAAAGACCAGUGAGCAAUGAUUGCUGCUUAUUUAGCCCUGGAAUGAGCCCCCAUACUAUUAUUAUAACAUUCCUAGAAUAGAUCAUCAAAAAAAUAUGGAUUUACCUACUGAAACUGACAGAUUGACUCCAAGAUAGGCUAGAAAGAUGAGUGACAUCAAGCCAUGUUUUGCUAACAAUUCAGGUCUACAACACAACCAGGUACAAAAAAGCACAGCCAUGAACGCGCACGAAGAAAUUACAUAUACACAACAAUAAUAUAGUUCAAGAAUAUUGUGUUGUAAGGAGUAUGAUGUUUUACUGAUAGUGAUAGCCACUGACAGCUGUCAAUCUAAUAUUUGUAGUGAUGCUCUUCACAAUCAAUAACUGGUCGUCUUUUGGAUUGAUUGUUGCAUGCUACAACAGAUUAGCAUUAGCUGCCAAGCUACGGUGUCAGAACAAACAAGAUAGUAAUUUGCACUGCAUUAGCCCCAUGAGCUAGGCUGACUACUAUGGAGAAUAUUAGUAGGAGAAAUGUACUGUAAUACUGCCACCUUGGCAUACUAUUUAUUUCCAUCUGUGGAGCAAUAACAUUUGUCCCACAAAGUUUGAUGACGCACCUGAUGCAGCAAAUGGUGUCAUUUAGAAAUGUGAACAAGCUUACUCCAUCUUCUCAACUGUUCCCGCAAAACCCUUCAACACAAUGAGCGGGCAUAAUAUACAGUACAUAAAUAUAUGAUAAACAACAAAAAUUCACCAAGAAGUGUGUUGUAGUGGAACAGAAGGUCCGGAUGGGACAAUCUGGCUCUGGCGUCACUUGCUCCACCUCCUCCAAACACAGAAGAAGUGACAGAAAGUCUAAAAAAUAAUAAAUAUUGAAACAUUCGAGCACACAUCUAACACAGAAAAUAUGACUUCCACUGUUAUUUUUCACGGCGGAAAUAACAAGACUAGUGUCAUGAGCGCUUUAAAUAUCCUUUUGUUUUCUUCCAGCCCCAAGAUAAAGAAAUACUGUUGAAGGGUAACAGCAAAUACAUGUGGUUGUACUGCUGCAAUGCAUGAACAGGGCUUCUUGCUUUUUACAAGAGGACAUUUUUUUAAAAGAUUUUCAAGAUGAAAACACAGUUGUCACUUGCCACAUUGGGGUUCGAAUAUCGCGGUUUUUCAAAACUGUGUUAAAUGAUUUCGUGGUUGACUACGGCCUAUUAUUAGUUUAAAAAUAUUGAAAGAUAAGUCAUAUGUAGUAUUCUAUACUGGUCACUGUGCAUCAGUAAUGUUACAUUGAUUAGACAUUACCUUACAAUUCAUUUAUGGCAUCAAAUUAAUUCCAAAAUUUGUGUGCGUAAAAACCAUAAUCAGGGCGCAUAAAGAGUCCUCUCCUCUCACUGCCGCUCCCUCCUCAUGUGUAGUCACUGCCCAAGCGCGAGCUCACUCCCUGUGCUUUCUACAUGCUUGGAGUUGCUGAGUUAUGGCACUCUGAGGACAGGCACUGAAUAGUCGGCCCCGAAAUCCCCUCCUUUCUGAUUGGUCACUUUAAACUCCUACUGUCCCCAGGUCCCUGUGAGUGUGCAGGGAGUGGCAAUGAACGUUUAUUUAGAUAACUCAAGCACGAGGAGAGUAGUCUUUAUGCGUGCUGAUUAUGGUUUUUACGCGCAUGAAUGUUGGCAUUAAUUUGACGCCAUAGACAUUACCUUAACUUGCAAUGCAUGGAGUCAGCCAUGGACGCAGAGUGAAGAAAUUUUCUCCUCCCCUUCCGUGAGGAAGUGGUAAGUUUUUUUUGCUUCUUAAGCCGUCCUUCUUUCCCACUCAGUUUCAAACCCUUUCUUAAGUUGAGAAUAAAUUGGAGACUAACUAGUGAGCUCGAUAGCUUGCUAUGUUUAAACCAGCGGCUGUCUCUUGUGUUCCUGCAGAGAUCCCGUAGCCUGCACAUUACAGUUGAGCAAUUUGCUGUAAACAAAGAUAGCCCUCGUGUGUAUGCCAGAUGCUUUGCAGACUGUAUAUCAAUCAAGUGAAAAACAUCAUAGUGACAAUGGAUGAUAGGUUGACAUCAAUCUUUUUUUUAAAUGCCAUGCAAUUGGCCCACACUACAUUCGAGAUACUACAACAAAGAACUUUCCCAAUGCUAAGGUGGGAGUUAUCAUUAUCUUAUUAUCCCUUAUCAUUUCUACUAUAUUAGGUAAGAUGAGUGUAAAGUUAAGUAUGGUGUGUUAUUUCAUGUCUAGAGGGCUCUAAGAAUGUUAAAAAACAUAUUUAGAAGAUCAUACACAGGUUUUCUAUGCGAUAACAUUCCAUUUAUUAAUAUGGUAUCCUACUUUUUAAAUUUACUUAUCUGUUGGGUCUGGAGUCAAUUAACUGUGAUAAAUGAGGGACGACUGUAAUUCUUUUUCUUUUUUAAACAUCUACAACUCAAUCUCUUAGCCUAUAAAUACCCAUCUCCACACAGGGUUCAGAGAUGAUACAUAUCUAUAGCCAAGAUAUUUGCAUUUACUCUAAAUAUAUUUCUAAUUCUUGAUUUGAUAUAUAGGGUCAAGUAGGGCUCUAUUUUACUAAUAGGCUAAUAUGUAAAAAUAACAACAAUACAUAGACGAUAAGUUAAUGCUUCUGCAACAUUGUAGAGUCACCCCAAACCCACCCCCCCUCAAAAAAAAGAAAACGGCCACAAAGAUAAUUUACAGCAAGGUAAUGGAACUCAUUGGUAGCAACACAUGACUAACUUCCAUCCUUGUAUGUUCCUUUUUUUUGUUUGGUAGGUAUAUGUAUAACAUUAGCACUGAGACGAGAGAGAGAGAGAACACUACAUGUUUAUCUGUACCUUAAAGAAGUGCAAUUGAUUUACUAUGUGCAAUACUGUGUAUUUUAUACUGUUUUUAAAAAAAGGAAUAAAAGAUUUAAUAUGCAAAACAUGGUGAAUACAUCAGUUUCCCCUAGGAUUUUUUUGAAGCUGUGGUGGUGGGCUGCAUGGGACGGCGGACUGCCACUGUUGUGCCAUGCCGCUGCUGCAUCUGCAAUUUAUGUAAAAUUAUGACAAAUCAUUUUUAUGACUUAUUUAACUUUUUUCAACAAUCAGCAGAACAUGAACCGAGAACAUUGCAAAACUGUUAAUUUAAUAGCAAAGUUACUAACAGCACGCAAACUGAGAGUCUAAAACAUCGAGUCUCCUUUUGUUACCUGACCUAUAGUACCAAAUAGUACUAUAUGACGAGUACAAAAGUAAAAAAUGUUAUACUAUGUGACACAAACCUAAACUUAAUUUGAUGUCUGUUUUAGAGUAAUACAAAUACCGUACAUGUGAAAUGACUUGUUCAAUAAUUUAUAUUUUUAGUUCAAAAUAACACAAUUAACAAAACAACAAUUUCAAUAUUUUUGUUACAGAAAUCUGUCCAUUCAUCCAUCCACCAUCCAUUUUCCUCAGCUUAUCCCGGUCCGGUUUGCGGGCGCAACAGUCUCAGUAGGGAAGCCAAGACUUCUCGGCCCCUGUCCACCUCUUCCAUCUCUACCGCGAGGACACCAAGGCGUUCCCAGGCCAGUUGUGAGAUAUAAUCCUGCCAACGUGUCCUAGGUCUGCCCCGGGGCCUUCUCGCGGCUGGUCAUGCCCGGAACACCACACCAGGGAGGCGUGUGGGAGGUAUCCGGACUAGAUGCUCGAGCCACCUCAACCAACUCAACCAUCCUGGAUGACUGAUUUCCUCACCCUAUCUCUUAGGGUGAGUCCAGCGACCCUACGGAGGAGGCUCAUUUCAGCCGCUUAUGUCAGCGAUCUCGUUCUUUCAGUCACGACCCAAAUCCCAUGACCGUAGGUGAGAGUGGGAACAUCGAUCGACGGGUAAAUUGAGAGCUUUGCCUUCUGGCUGAGCUCUCUCUUCACCACGGCGGUCUGGUACAGCGACAGCUGUAGGAAGGCUAAGGGGUGUGAUCCCCUUAUAGUUGGAACACACCCUCCGGUCACCCUUCUUGAAAAGGGGCACGACCACUCCGAUUUGAGGUACUGUCCCCGACUUCCACGCAAUGCUGAAGAGACGUGUCAACCAAGACAGUUUCUCAACAUCCAGAGCCUUGAGGAAUUCAGGGCGAAACUCGUCCACCCCUCGAGCUUUGCCACUGGGGAGCGUUUUGCCUACCCCAGAUACCGCUGCCACGGUGAUGGAACUGUCCGCAUUUGUGUCCUCUGACUCUGCUUCCUCUAUGGAAGGUAUGUCAGUGGGAUUGAGAAGGGCCUCAAAGUAUUCCUUCCACCAUCCAACUAUAUCCUCAGUCAAGGUCAGCAGGCCCCCGUCCCCACUGUAAACAGUGUGGACCGGGCACUGCUUCCCCUUUCUGAGGCGUCGAACCGUUUGCCAGAACCUCUUCGAGGCCGACCAAAAGUCAUGCUCCAUGGCCUCACCGAACUCCUCCCACACCUGAAAUUUUUCCUCGACCACGGCUGAAGCAGCGUGCCUGCUGCCUGGUCUGCCAGUACCUGUCAGCUGCUUCAGGAGUCCCCAAAAGCCAUCCAUGCUCGAUAAGACUCUUCCUUCACCUUGACGGCAGCCCCAACCUCUGGUGUCCACCAUCGUGUACGGGUUUUUCCGCCACCUUUUAAACCUUUAACCUUUUAAAAAUGUUUUCAAAGUAAUUGUGGUCAAUGUGUGCGUAAAUAACAAGCUAUAUAUGAAUCUAUAUAACGUAUAUGUGUAGCCAUUCAUACACUCUAUUACUUAACAUUGUUUUUAAAGUAAAACAAAUAAUAAAUUUUAAGGUGUGGCAUGAUCAAUUACAUGUAGUGGAAACCCCUAAAUAAACAAAUAAAUGAAAACAGACACCCACAGAGCUCUCGACAUAGAGUAUCAUUUGCAUUAUCUUUCAUUAGUAUAGUUACAAAAAAAGCCUAACCAGUGCUAUGUGCAAAAUAUAGGGAUCAGUACAACAACUGAUGAACUGAGUGGAAUUAAUUGCAUCCUGAACAUGACGUCUGCUAUGGCAGCAUCAUUCCACUCAAAAACACUAGCAUUGGAAACAGGAGUUCAGAACAUUCAGAUAUUCUCCUAUCCCUCUGAAAGAACAUUCCAAAAUAACUUUGGAUUCACUGAUAUGUCUCCCAAGUGAGAGGCACGCUUUUCUGAUUGCAGUGUGUCGGAGAAAAGGAAAGUCAAGCGAAAUUAGACAUCCUAAUAUGUCCAGAAAAGUGCAGAAAUGCCAAUCAACUUUGGCUGCAUGCCGGGUCCAAGCCACUCAAACACCACGA